AUGAAUGAUAUCAACUACCCCAACAUGUGGAUGUUAUCAGUUAUACUUGCACUGUGUACUGUCAUUCAAGGUUCCUGGCUAGUGCCAUUAAAAGCUUCACAACAAAAAGUUAAUGGAAAAAUUUUCUCAAGUGGAAAGUUCUGUAACACAACCAGAAACAUCACGGUCCUGUCUGAUGGUUCCAUCUCAGAGAGAGACGUAAUGAUUUGUGAAGGUAAAACAUGCUUAGGGGUAGAUAGCAGUGAACCCCGACCUGUGGUGACCCUAAGCUCUGGACUUCAGGUCAUGUGUGACACAGUGACAGACGGUGGAGGAUGGACCAUUUUCCAAAGACGUGUUUCUGGGACUGUAGAUUUUUACAGGAACUGGACGGAGUACAAAAAUGGCUUCAACGUUUCUAGCGAGACAGACGGCUACAGGCUAAAGGUUGGUGGCUUCACAGGAGAUGCUUGGAACUGUCUGGCAGACCACAAUGGUAUGAUGUUUACAACGUAUGACCGGGACAACGACAAGUUUAACGAAAGCUGCGCUAUCAAACACCACGGGGCAUGGUGGUACAACGCUUGCUACAUGUCUAACCUGAACGGUAGGAACUAA